GCAGGGCCAACAGUCAGCGGCCGACUGCCACGCGAGACAGAUCUGGGGCUGCGUGGACAGCUGGGAAUAAAAACAAAAACAACAAAAAAAAAGGAGGAAACGCAUGGAAAGAUGUGUGGUAGAGGAGAAGGGAGGAAGACGCCCACCAAAAACAUAGCAGCUACCUUCAUCAGGACAUACUAAAUAAACGAGAAGGAAGAAUACAAAAAUGUACGUCACCACAAGUUUGCCAUUACAAAGUAUAUCAACAACAACAUAAUCAGUGGAUGUAUGAAAGAAAAUAUAUCGGCAGUGAGUGUGUUGUGUGUUUUGUAAUAAUAAUAAUAAUACAAAGAUUUUUUUAAUAAUAUCAAAAAAGUGUGUGGUUUUUUUGGUGGUGUUGCGCCAUUGUGUCCUGCGUUGGGAUGACAUCUGUGUCCAGAGUCAAUAAACAUCAUCAGCUGCAGAUUAUCGUCUCGGCGUGUUCAAUAAUCCAGCGACGGCCAUACAGCUACAGGACGCGGAGAGCCAGCGUUCUGAGAAGUUACGCACUGAAGAGGCGAUGCAAUCAGACUGGAGCCCGAGAGAGUGUCAGCAUGUGAUGGUUGACGACAGAGAACAGCAGCGACUACUGAAGCGUCGUCGGUCGCCAUGCCCACCCCCACUGCCGGGGCCCCGCUAGACGAGCAGGAGGACCGAAAUCUGCAGCCUGGCGGCGGCGACAACUCUACCUCGCAAACGGCACGCAGAAAGAGGAAACGGAAGCGAGACGCCCACGAAGAGCUGGAGGAAGAUUCGGACAGCGAAGCCAUGAGUCCCGAAGAAGAGGCGUCAGUAUCGCCACCGGCCGCAGUGAUAGCGGGCAGAGACGAUGAGGAGAGGAGGAUGUUGUCGCCGCAAUCGGGUAGCCAGUUCCUGCACGACGACACUGUGCAGCCGCCCAUGUCGAGGUUACAGGAAGACGAGGACGACGAGGCGUCGUCAGAAGACGAGCGCAAGUCAGCGGGAAAGAAGUGCAAAACGAAAGGAGACGGAGUCGGUACGACGACGGGGCCUCCGCUGAACUCUGCUUCCUUCAUCCCCGAUGCAGGGGAUGACUCCUGCGGAACCAGCGACGUGGAGAAGUUCGAUGGCAAGAUCGUAUACAAUCCUGAUGGCUCGGCUUAUAUCAUUGAGGAUAGCGAACUGAGUGAAGAGGAUGCUACGAGUCUUGCGGACUUACCACAGAUUAUUGGCGACGGCUGUAUCGUGGACGGCCGCGGUGUUAGUCUUUCUCAGUCCUUCGUAUUCCCGCAGAUAGCCAAUGCUUUCUACGUGUCGCGGAACCCCUCCUUUUAUAACGCCUUGUACGGGGGCGCUGCAGCUUCCUACGCUGCUAACAACGUCUUGCAAGACAAGAAAAUAGUUCCUGAAGUACCGAUUAUGCAUAGUUACAGGGUUUUCACUGUUCGUGAUAAUAAAAGUGGUGAUAGUGAUGAUGGCAAGGCGGAGCGUAGUGGUAGUGGUAACAACGAAGGUAAGAAAAGCGCAGACAAGACUAAAACCAAGCAGUUGUUGCUGCAGAAGAAGAAUGAGAAAUAUUCUGGUAAAGAUUGCUCCUCAGUUCCUGUAAAACCCAUUCUAAUGUGUUUCAUAUGUAAACUGUCGUUCGGUUAUGCGAAGUCUUUCGUGGCGCAUGCUAUGGGUGACCACAACGUGGCGCUUCUGGAAGACGAGAAGGAUAUUCUCGGGCAUAAGAACGCGUCUGCCAUAAUACAGUGCGUGGGGAAGGACAAGGAGCCUCUGGUGUCGUUCCUGGAGCCACUGUCGCCGGUGAGCGUGGGUCUCGAUAAGCCGGCGCAGCGGGACCCAGCGUUCAGCGCGACCGAAGUGAAGAAUGAAAAGGUCGAUGCUCACAGAACCUCCCCGCCAAGUGAUGGUGGUCGAGGCGAGAGCAAGAACAAGGGUAGUGACUGUGGUGGCAGUGCGGGACACUUUGAGGCGGAGAGUUUAGUAAUGCAUCGCCGUCAGUCACAGGACAACAGCACCACUUCAGCUUCGGGGCUGUCCAACGUCCAAAUUCAACAUGUUCCUGAGACUUCGGUCUCCCUACCUCAAAACGGUAGUUCUAGUAGUAAUAAUAAUAAUAACAAUAAUAAUAAUAAUAGAAUGAUUGGCGUCGGAAUUAAUAGUGUAAUGGACCUAACGCGUAAGAGUCCCAUAUCGGCGUCGGCAGCGUCGUCCGGUAACAACGGUCGGAGCAGCGUAUCCCCCGGUGCUAGCCCCUCGCCGGGAUCUACGCUGGGGCCUCUGCUGUCUGCCGCAGUGGCAGCGGCAGCUGCAGGUAACGCCCCUGCGCUAUCGUUUCCUCAGCCACCGCCCAAUUUCCUGACCGGCACGACAAUAGGAGUCUGUCCGGACCACAUGGGCGGGCGUCCGAGUGGCGUCGAGUGCGCCAAGUGCGAGCUCAUUCUUAGUUCCUCCCGUCUAGGGGGCGUCGGCGGCCCCCUAGCCGGCAUGCACUCUCGCAAUUCCUGCAAGACCCUCAAGUGCCCCAAGUGUAACUGGCACUACAAGUACCAGGAGACACUCGAGAUCCACAUGAAGGAGAAGCACCCCGAGACGGAGACGUCGUGCAUCUACUGCAUCGCGGGACAGCCACACCCGAGGCUGGCUCGCGGUGAGACGUACACCUGCGGCUACAAACCAUAUCGUUGCGAGGUGUGCAACUACUCCACUACGACCAAGGGCAACCUCAGCAUUCACAUGCAGUCCGACAAGCACCUCAACAACAUGCAAGAACUGCAGAACGGGGGCGUGUCCAGCGGCGAAUCGACCAUCACAGGACCCGGCCUGCACAGUCAGGCAUCACAGUCAAGCAAGGGAGGUCUGGUGAGUCCGGGCUCUGGAAGCUCUGGUGGCGCCGUCACAGGGAGCGGGCACCACCAUCAUCAGCACCACCCACACACGCCCCUCAGCAGUGGGACCGGCAGUGCUCAGAACCAGAAACAGAAACCGACCUUUCGGUGCGACGUUUGCAACUACGAGACGAAUGUGGCGCGCAACCUGCGCAUCCACAUGACGAGCGAGAAACACACGCACAACAUGAUGGUGCUGCAACAGAAUGUCAAGCACAUGCAUACGCUGAGUGCGCUGCACCAACAACAGCAUCCACCUCAACAGCAGCAGCUCAGCUUCGAGUCGCUGCUGCAUUUCCACCCAGGCCUCACUCUGCCGGGAGACAAGCCCCCGCCGCACACGGAGGCGGCACUCGCAGACAUGGCCUACAAUCAGGCACUGCUAAUCCAGAUGAUGACAGGCGGGCAACUGCCCCCACACAUACCACCGGAACUUGCCCCCCACAUGGACAUGGGUCUCAAUCCCGACACCAUGGAGCCCCCACCAGAGCCGGCAGAUCCCAACCCUUCCCACAUGUUCCACUGUUGUGUCUGCAACGUGUUCUCCACCGACUCGUUGGAGGCGCUAUCCCACCAUCUGUCUGCAGAUCGGACCAAAAUAAGGGAACAGGAAAUUCUGGCCGUGGUAGCUGGCCAUUACGUCUGCAAACUCUGCACCUACAAGACGAAUCUGAAAGCGAAUUUUCAACUGCACUGCAAGACAGACAAGCAUCUGCAGCGACUGCAACAUGUGAACCACGUGAAGGAGGGUGGACCUAGGAACGAGUGGAAGUUGAAGUACGUGUCGUCGCCGGGCGGGAUUCAGGUGCGGUGUCAUGCGUGCGAUUACUACACGAACAGUGCCCACAAGUUGCAACUCCACGCGGCAGGGCAGCGCCACGAGGCGAGCUGCCUGCUCUUCAUGCAUCUUCGAGAGACCGAGGCCCUGUGUGAAGCCCCCCGCAUCUACCACUGCGCGCUCUGCGGUUUUUCGAGCCGUGCCAAGCUGCAGUUGCUGCAGCACGUUCGCUCCAUGAAGCAUCUGCAGAUGGAGCAGAUCCACCAGCUCCAGCGGCGCAGCGAGGGUAAGGAUUUGCAGACCGACAUCGGAGAGGUCUUCCAGGUCGUCAGCCAACUGGAUCCUCCGGGGUAUGGCGACAGUGAGCUAGAUCGGAACGAGGUGCAACAUCAUCAGCACCAUCAACAGAACAGAGAACAGAGAGAAAGCUGCAAAAGUGAACAGAAUAAGGAAAUAAUGAUGAAGUUCCCUAUGGAUCAACAUGCGCAAGAGUCCGAUGAUCUGGAGCAGCAGCAGCAUAAAGCUGCCCAGCAACACAUGUGCCCAUACUGCAACUACACCAGCAGUUCCGAAAUGCGCAUUCAGGCACAUGUGCUGGCUCAGCACUCCCAGUCCGAACCAUCACCUCCCUCGUCUUCUCCAGCGCGCGAUUUCUUGUGUCCACUCUGCCAGGAUGGUUUCCGGGACAGAUCUCAGCUAGAGCGCCAUGUCAUGCAGAUACACAGCGUAAAUUCUGAAGGCCUUCAGCGGCUGCUUCUUCUCGUUGACCAGUCUCAUUGGUUGAACGCCGUAAGCAGAUCCGCGCCUUCGACACCACACACGCAGCAGCAGACGCCCCCGAACCAGAACUCGCACCACAAUUUGUUAUCGCCCUCACCAGACGAUCAGAUGGACAUGGAUGAGUUCAGAUGCCAGACAUGCUUCAGGAGCUGCAGAAACAUUGACGAAUUAUGCAUGCAUCAAAAUGAGACAGGACAUUUGGAAAUAAAACAAACUCCAAAUGGCCCGGGGUAUUUGUGUUGGAAGAAAGGAUGCAAUCAGUAUUUCCCUACUGCGCACAGUCUUCAGAUGCAUUUUCGUGAAAUACACACGCGUGGGGGAGUGCCAGGUACCCCAGGACAUCAACAGACGAUCGCCGUAUCAGAGAAGCAUGUGUAUAAGUAUAGGUGUAAUCAAUGCAGCCUCGCUUUCAAGACCAUGGAGAAACUGCAGCUUCAUUCUCAGUACCAUCUGAUCCGCGACGCCACAAAGUGUGUAUUGUGUGGUCGUAGCUUCCGGUCAGUACUUGCACUUCACAAACACGUAGAAACAUCUCACUCGGAGUUGUCCGAGGACGAAUUAGCCGCAUAUAAACAAAGCUUGAUGAGUAACCCUCUCCUUCUAGCUGGUCUUAGUGGUCAGGUGUUGGAUCCUUCGACCAAUGACUUGUUGAAGAAAGAGAGUCUGAAGAUGGAAUCUGAUGAAAUUAUGGAUGUAGACGAAAGUCCAAGUAAAGACCAGAGUCAUGGCCAGGAAGACGGUAUUGGCAACAGUGUUGGUGAUGGAGAAAACAGCGAUGACUCGGUUGUUUACAAAGAACAACAGUUCCUAGAGGAUUACCUCAACAGUCAAGCAAUAGCAGAAGAUAGCUAUAACGACCCGAAUCGUAAGUAUAAGUGCCACCGCUGCAAAGUGGCGUUCACUCGACAGAGCUAUUUGACGAGUCACAAUAAAACGUUACUUCAUCGCAAAGGAGAAAAACUGAGCUACCCGAUGGAGAAGUAUCUGGACCCAAAUAGACCUUAUAAAUGCGAUGUUUGUAAAGAGUCAUUCACGCAAAAGAACAUCCUUUUGGUGCAUUACAACUCUGUCAGUCACUUGCACAAAUUGAAGCGCGCCAUGCAGGAACAACAACAGCAGCAAAACAACAACAACAAUAAUAAUAACGGCGUGUCUGCGGUGUCGCCGCAUGCAGUUGCUACUGCAGCGGCCGCACUGGCCGCCAGUUUGGGAGUUACGCCACCACCAACUCCAAAAUCAACUCCAAUCUGCGAUGACGACGACAAAAAACCAUACAAGUGCAACAUAUGCAAGGUGGCAUAUAGUCAGGGUUCGACUCUGGACAUUCACAUGAGAUCGGUGCUUCACCAGACACGGGCGUCAAAAUUGCAAGACCUGGCCAUAACGGGUCAAAUUGACCUGAGCAAACCCCUUAUUGAGCAGCCGGAGCCCCAGAAAGCACAGGAUCAACACAAGAAGAUGCUGCAGGAUUUUCUCGGUGCCUCGCCUAAACAACAGUCAGUGUCUUCGUCGUCGCUGACGUCACCCUCUUCGGGAGGCAGCAGCAGUAUCAGUAGCAGCGGCGUCUCCUCGCAAGUGCCGUCUCUUGCCCCGGGAUCGUCUCCCGUCACGGGCAGUAACAUAGUUCCUCAAUCCACCGCUGCCGCUGCGACUGCUUCAGCAUCAACGUCAACCAACCCAAUCAUGUCAUCAGUUCCUAAUAGUUUGUCGAAUAAUGCAACAAACACAAGUACAAGCAAUUCGAUGUCGAAUCAUAACCAUCACCACACGCAGGCGCCACCAUCGCCUCAGCAGCAACACGGAAUGGUCUCUUGUCAGAGAUGCAGUGCGCUGUUUGUCAGUCAGGAGCAACUCAACACCCAUCAGCAAUUAUACUGUCUCUUUGGCAGCCCGAUGACUUUAUUCCCGCCUCUUCCUGCUCCGUCGCAAAACUCCGUCUCGGUGUCAUCGCAGGCGUCUCACAGCUCUCCACAGCCUAACGCAAAGACGCCUCCGCCCCUUUCGACCACACCACAUCAAGAAGAGCCCUUUAUGCGGCUCUCAGUGCCAGGGAAAAAGUCGUCUCAAGUGUACAAGCACCUGCUGGAGAGUUUUGGCUUUGACCUUGUGAUGCAGUUCAACGAAAAUCAUCAGAGACGACAGAGGAAAGAGCGCGAAGAUGAAGAAACCAUGCUACCGGCUGCAAGUACUCAGACACCACUGUUAGAGGAACAGGAACAACUGCAGAACCAGACUGUUAUGAUCAAACUGGAGGAUGAGCCACUUGUCACCGUUGAGCAGGACCUGCCGGAAGUAGCUAAGUCAGUAUGCCAGCACUGCCGAAAAGAAUUUUCAAGUGUGUGGGUGUUAAAGGCUCACUGUGAAGAAGUACAUCGGGACUUGGUUCCGCCGGAAUUUCUCGAAAAAUAUGCUCAGCAGUUCAAGUCUGAGUACGAGAAGAAGACGGUUGUAGUAACGGCAGCGACGUCAACCACGCCAACCGGGACAACCGUCUUAACUGCAUCUGCAGGACAGCACUCUGUGGCCACAUCCACAAGCAACUCCUCGAACAACAUACCUUCCAACAUAGACCUGAUACCUGAGAAGGAUGUUGAAGACAGCAAGGAGGCAGUCCAGGUUAAGAUAGCUCAACAACAGCAGCAUCAGCAACAACAGCAGCAGCAGUCAAUGCAGGGAACACCCCCGGAAAGGCCAACUACUGCUCCUAGUACACCAACAGCCUCAUCAACACCAGCGUCCAGCACAGAUUCGAUUCCUGCAACGCUUUCGACUUCGAUGGCAGCAACAGGUAGCAUGGGCGGUGCAGGGGCGUCCAGCAGUGCCAACUCAAGCCUAUCCAUGUCGUUGGCUCAACAGAUGAGUGAGAUGCAGGCGGCCUUAAAUGUGAUGGCGGCUUCUCAGUUACAGCAGCAGCUACAGCAGUUCAGCACACCCAUGAUGAUGGGAAUGGCGGGCCUCGGGAUGGGCCUUCCCUUGGGGCUCAACAUGAACGCUCUUGCGGCCAUGAACCUGCAGCCUCCACUCGUUCCCAUGAUGAUGCCACCGCCGCCUUUCGACCCGCUGUCCCUUGCCCAGGCUCAGAACUCCAUGUUCUCUCCGCAAGCAGCCGCAGCUGGGAUGGACCCGGGUUCGAUCCUCGCGAAGCAGCAGCAACACUUGCUUCAGCAGCAGCAGCAGGCGGUGACUGCCGCGCAGCAGAAAAGGGCAAGGACAAGGAUUACAGACGAUCAACUAAAAAUUCUGCGCGCUCAUUUCGACAUAAACAAUUCACCCUCAGAAGACCAGAUCCAUGAAAUGGCCAGUCAAAGUGGAUUGCCGCCCAAAGUUAUUAAACACUGGUUUCGGAACACUUUGUUUAAAGAGCGCCAACGAAACAAAGAUUCGCCCUACAAUUUCAAUAACCCACCAUCAACAACGCUCAACUUGGAAGAGUACGAAAAGACCGGAGAGGCCAAAGUGAUGCCUCUGAACAGCAGCGGCAGCGGAAACGAAGACCAGACUCCGAUCAAAGAAGCAGCGCCCGCGAGACCGUCUUCUGUAUCAACUGGAUCGUCGUCAAACAAGCGGAAACAGUCACAGCCUCAGCCAUUUCCGCCCCCGCAGGCAUUUCCUCAGCCUGCAGAGAUGAUAAAGACGGAACCUCGAGAGAUGUCAUCCCAUCACCACGACAAUCAAGACCAUAAAUUCAACAACUUCUUCAUGGAGUCUGAGCAUGGCAGUAGCAACAGGAAAGAAGGCGGUGGUGAGAGGAUACUGGACCUUGCUGACGAGAAGCCCCCUCACAGCCUGUACCCACCGCCGAGUCCUGUAAAUAUGAUGGCAAGUAACACCAGUAACAGUAAUAACAAUAACAACGACAAUUCAAGUUCAGUUCCUCCUUCAAGCAUUGUACGAAGUUCGUCUCCAAGUAGCCUUACUUUGACUUCCAUUAUCGCGUCACAGCUAGGCUCAGACUCCAUUACAACGACGCAUCCAACUAUGAACGCGACCAACAUGACGGUGACGUCAUCACAUUCCAGUCACAGCAACACCAGUAACAUGUUGCCCCCAAAAUUGACACCCCCAAAUUUUCCACCGCCCAGUCAAGUUCCUACGUCGCCUGGAAUAUUACCGCCUCUUGGGUCAUCGGCAUCUGCUGUUUCACGAAGUGUGAGCCCUGGCCGAUCUUACAGUAACAAUUCUUCAGAUGGCUUCAGUCAUGCUUCGCUGACUCCAGGAGGUUGCGGCAGUGGAGGCGGCAAUAGUAAUGGAAGUAAUUCGUCAGGAGGUUCUUCAGGUAAGAGGGCAAAUCGCACGCGAUUUACUGACUAUCAAAUCAAAGUAUUGCAGGAAUUUUUUGAAAACAAUGCUUACCCAAAGGAUGAUGAUUUGGAGUAUUUAUCAAAACUGCUCAGUCUGAGUCCACGAGUCAUAGUGGUGUGGUUUCAGAAUGCACGUCAGAAAGCGCGUAAAGUGUAUGAGAACCAGCCCCCAGUUGAAGCGCCACCUGGCGUGGAAGAAGGAGGUGCGAAUAGAUUUCAAAGAACCCCUGGAUUAAACUACCAAUGCAAGAAAUGCCUACUUGUGUUCCAGCGCUAUUAUGAACUUAUAAGACAUCAAAAAACUCACUGCUUUAAGGAAGAAGAUGCUAAACGAUCGGCUCAGGCUCAAGCUGCAGCAGCACAAAUAGCAGCUGUUCUGUCGUCUGAAGAUUCAAACUCUAGUACCAUAGCAGAACCUAGUCAGCAACAACCGCAGCAACCACCUCAACCUCAACCUCAACCUCAGCAGCAGCAACAACAACAGUCAUCAGCGUCCAGCAACCCGGCCACUCCUUCAGCAGCUGUAACACCCACUCCGCCAUCAUCGUUGUUUCCGCCUUCACCAAUAUCCGGCACACCAGGUAACACUGAAAACACUGUCAAAGAAGGAACCUUCCAGUGCGAUAAAUGCAAUUUAGUAUUCCCACGGUUUGAUCUCUGGAGAGAACAUCAACUAGUGCAUAUAAUGAACCCAAAUCUGUUCCCUACGUAUCCGCCAGAUAGUCCAUUCGGAAUUCUUCAGCAGCAUGCACAAAUCCAACAGCAGCAACAGCAACAGCAGCAGCAGCAGAUGGCUGGAAUGGGGGUUUCAGAUUUGUCGAUUAACUCCACAUCGACAGCUCAGCACUCCCACCCACUGGCAUCUGUGCUAUCUAACAGGCGGAAAUUUGAAGAAUUUGAUGACACUUUAGACCGAGAUUGUGAUCAGCCGAAAGAUAAAAGACUGAGGACAACCAUUCUUCCAGAACAGUUGGAUUACUUAUAUCAGAAGUAUCAACUGGAGAGUAACCCAUCACGUAAGAUGUUAGAGAAUAUUGCUCGAGAGGUUGGUCUGAAGAAGCGGGUUGUGCAAGUGUGGUUUCAGAAUACGCGGGCACGUGAGCGCAAAGGGCAAUUCAGAGCGCAUGCUCAAGUAAUUAACAAGCGAUGUCCGUUUUGCCCGGCAUUGUUCAAAGUAAAAUCUGCUCUAGAGUCGCACCUUGUGACCAAGCAUGCUGAUCAGUGCACGCGCGGCGAGAUUAACAUCGAUAACUUACCGGAUGAAGAACUGAGCAUGGAGUCCGCGCCUUCAUCCCACAUGGGCGACAGUGGCAAAGUCUCUACGAACUUCGGUUCAACAACUCCAACGCCUAAUAUGAUGCCGCCACUUUUCCCGCCUUUUCAUACAGACAUGGAAAAUUCACUGAAAAAAUAUUAUGAAGAAUCUAUGAAGCGUUACAUAAGCGAGCUCCAGGCUCACCAUGCUGCACACAAUGGUGGCAUCGGUAAAGAGGGAUUGCAGAUCCCUACAGAUCUAAGCAUGAAGAUUAAGCAGGAACCUUCAACUCCUGGAAGCGAAGGCGGUGGUAGUAGCGGCGGAACUGGGGGGGGCGGUGAUGGUCCGCUUGAUCUCAGUAAACCCGUGGACUUGAGCCGCCCCGUUAAAGUUUCGUUGGAUCAUGACUCGCGUUCUAUUAUGGCCGAACCCGGUCCUCUCACGGACCUCAGUGAGCGCAGCUUGUGUUAUGAAGACGACAGUAUGUCCGAAACGACGGAAAACAUGGACGGUGACGAAAGUAAUCCGACAUCCCCGGCGUCCAGCACACAGAGCAGCCACCAGCGUCCCAUCCAUUCUGGUGGAGGAAAGAGGUUCCGAACACAGAUGAGUAGCCUGCAAGUGAAGGCGAUGAAAUCUUUAUUCAACGAUUACAAAACUCCAACUAUGGCAGAAUGUGAGAUGUUAGGUCGUGAAAUUGGGUUACCAAAAAGGGUGGUCCAAGUUUGGUUUCAAAAUGCUCGAGCCAAAGAGAAGAAGAAUAAAAUAGCACUUCAGAAAGUUUUAGGUGGACCCGAAACGUCUCCAUCCGUGGUGACAUCGUCUGAAUCAUCUAGACCACCGGAAGAAUGCAAACUAUGCCAGUUCAAGUAUUCGCAUAAGUACUCUAUUCAGGAUCAUAUAUUCACUAAGAAGCAUAUCGACAACGUGAAAGCCCACAUCGAGAGUGGGAAGAGUGACACUUCAGGAAAUACGAGUGACGGGGGUGGUAGCGGCUCCGGAGCGGGGGAGUUCACCGUGCCUCCAGUUCCUGGUUCAUCUGGAGGUACCGGAGGGGCUGACUCCUCCGUGAAUACAACUGUUCCAUCUCAACCGUCGCCUCAGUUCAUAAACAACAGUAUAGCCGCCGCUGCGGCCCAGCAACAACAACUUGCACAGCUGCAGAUGCUGCAGAUGGCUGCCGCUUCCGGCCUGGCACUUCCAAACUCGCUGUCGGCGCAAGCUGCCAACUCCACGAAAGAUCAGCAAGGGAGUGGAGGCUCCAAGUCGCCAGCUCCUGGUCCGGAGGACAUGGCACUGCUACAUCAGCUGUACGGCCUGGGGCUUGCUGGAUUCCCCGGCGCCAUGCAGGCUGGAAAUUUGUUCCUGCACCCAGCAAUGUUCUCUGCCGCAGCGGCAGCUGGAGGUGGCGGAAGUGGAGGAGGGUUGUUCGAACCAUCUUCUGGACACUGUGGUGGCGGUGGCGGCGGCAGCGGGGGAACUCCCAUCGCUGUGCUCCAGCUCCCAGCGACGACACUUCAAGCGGUCGGGGAGGCCUCGGCAUCCUGUGAACCAGGAGUGUCCACCGUUCGAAUCCCAGCUCCUGCAGACGCCGACACAUCCCCGCUGAUGCCAUCGCAGGCCGCAUACUGCCGCGAGGUAGAAUCCGAGGUGGGGUUCGUCUGCAAGAAGUGUCGACUGGCCUUUCCGGGAGAAACUGCUCUCCUGGGUCACCAGCGGGUUGCAUGUUACCCGGGUAUAUCCACCGACUUACGCGGGGCCGUCCGCCUGGUGCAGCUCCAUUAUGAGUGUAAGCUGUGUUCCUCAUCUGCUGAAAGAGAAAGGAUGUCCUCGCUGCACGACUUCAAGCGUCACUGCGAGACCGACGCUCACAUCUCGAGGUUCGGGGCUUCUUCACAGCCCCCCUGCACCCUUCCGACAACCACUUCACCGCUGCCAGCCAAACACCCCACCCCCAGCCCAAGGCUCCCUCCCUCACAGCACCAGCAGCCUCCGGCAGCGUCGCUGAGUCCUUCCGCUGGUCUGUCCCACGAGAUGGAAGACGUCGUGAACCAGAUCACCUUGCUAGCGGCACGGGCAGCCGCGGAGAGCACAGCACCUAUCCAGGGCCCGGGCGGAGCCCCCACUGACUCCAAUGCCAACAUCGCUGGCAGCAAGGACACCAGCGACUUCUGUCACCCGGCGGAACCCAAGCGGAAUAAGCUACUGCAGCUGCACGCGGGUGAUGGACCGCAGUCAGUCGCGGUGCCCAGCACUGGGCAGUAAGGAAAACGUGUAUUAAGUACUAGCCUCAUUUAAAAGAGCGAGGCCCAUGUAACUUCCUUGCUGGCUGCCCGUUUGAGCUGGCUGGUGGCGGAGUGUGUACUUUACCACAAACAAUGGACUCUCACUCUUGUUUUGCACUUGCAGGGUGUACUUGAGAUAGUACAGGUAACUGGCGACGUCACACAGCCAGGAAGUUACAUCGUCUCCCUGCAGUGCGCUGCGCGGUAGUGCACGACACUACACAGUAUGACGGGAUUUGAGGGUUUCACUGGCACGAAAGUUUGUAUUGUGUGAUCUUCUGGUUUGCAACGCCUCAUAGCCAUGCAGUAGUUGGCUGCCUGCAUGAGCAGGGAGUGCACUUUUCUUAAUGGCGCUAGUGUUUGUACGUGGACGGUUCAGGGGAGAGGAGAAUGCAGUGGUGAUCUGUCUGUACAGUUAUCAGCCAGCGUAUGUCUCCUGACAACUCACGAAGUCGCCACAUUCAUUCCUGUGUCAGCUGAGGAAUCUGCUGCCCCCAUCUUUAAGGUUGAACUGAGUACAGCUGUAAGGCAGGUGCUGUCCAUCCACCUGAAAACAUUAAUUCGCGUUUAGAAUAGGCGUAUCCUUAUGCACUGACAUUUCUGCACUUUGUCGGACCAUCUUUGAAGUUCGUUACAGUAGAUUCGCGAUUUGAUUAUAUUUCUGGAACCAGAUCUGAACGGUCCACACGGGAUAUACUCUUCCCUGAGUGUGCGGUAUGGAAUUGGCCCACAUUGGUACACUGGACAGACGGACCGUUCUGUGGAAACCCUCAUCAAACGGCACUGUUGAUAUAUCUGUCUUCCUCAUUCAGAAAUCAAGUCUUCAUACACUUAACGAAAAUAGAAAAGGUUGCACUCCGGUUUCGUUAUUUUCAAAACAAAGAAAAGCGGGGGAUAGAGGCAGCUGCAAUAUCCGUGCCAAAACAUAACGGCAGGAAAGAAGAAACAUCCAUCCGACUUUCACCUCCAGACCAACGCCCAGUAAGAUUGCUGGACACGAUGGGAUAAGUAACGGAAAAGACUCCAUAAAUAUUUCAUCCGUUGUUUACGCCGUAUUUCAGACUUUCCAUUUUUCAGAAUAAAACGACGUUACUAGUUCUGCUCCUCAAAAAGCAGACUGACAACUUCAUAACGAGAGAAUAUGCAGAGCACGUGAAGUAUUUUGUAUAAAAGGACUUAUUCACAAAGUACGCACAGUUGGAAUGCAAGGCUGUCUUCGUCUUUUUAAUAAUAAAUAAAUAAAGCUGUCCCACUAUACGCCAUGCAGGCGCUUGGGGGGAGAGGAGAUAUAGCUCCUACUCAUUCUUGACCUCGGCACUAGAUGGGAGU